AUGGCCUAGGAAACGAGUUCCCGAGUAGAAAACUCUAGUUUCUUUGGCACCUUGCUCAUUAAAAUCGACUUCUCAAGUAGAGAAACCAUAUUCUAUCAAGCAAAUGUUGGCUUGACUGGUAUCCAGCAAGCCCGAUUCAAUGCCCGGCAGUGGCAGGGCCAAAGAUUGGGCCACUCCAAAUGCGGCGAGACAAAGCUCUUUCAAUCCAUCCAUCCAUUUGAGCUGGGCCAGAGUGUAGUGUACUGCGCCAGUCCGUCCGAGCUGGAGGAAGAACACACAGCGAUCACGCCGCCCAGUUGGGUGGUGUGAUGGAUCCAUCGCAUCAAUCCAUCCAUCAAAAGAAUCUCCCUCAACCUCUUGCAAGGAUUAUAAAAAAGUAGAGCGCGCAAAAAAAAAAGCAUGGAGAGGCCUUUCGUUGGAUUUUUGGGGGAGAGCGAUGGAUCGAACAGGUGAGUUCGAUUAGAAAACUAGGGCGGAGGUCUGACCGGUACGAAACGACCACGGCCUGGCGCCCGGAAGCAUGUGGGCGCCCAUGUGAGGCCCGGCUUGUCCGAUUCCACUGCUCGCAACUGCUGGUCUUUAAUUUUUUUCCCUGACACUGCCACUCCAAUUUGGAUCCAUCGUAUAUAAAAUCCCCAGCCCUCCCCCGGAAUCCCCAAAUCCAAGCAAAGCAAGCAAGCAAGGCAAGGAGAAGCAAGCAGCAUUGUGUUCUAUAGAUCUAUCUAUCUCUCUAUCUUCCUCUCUCAAUCGAGAGCGACGAUAUAUCAAUCACACUAGCAAAGCCCAAGAGCAAGAAGAACUCUCCAUCCAUCUCUAGCUACAUCCAUGGCUUUUCUGGCAAGGAUUGGAAGUCUGCUCAAGUCCGCCUCGAUCAAGAAGAGAUCUGGGCGCAGCCUGGAUCGCUCCUCCAGCAACAGCAGCUGCUCCUCGCUCGGCUCCUCCGCUUCCGCGGCCUGGGACUGCUGCUACGACAGCGAUCUCGACGUGGACCAGGCCCCCGAUUCGUGCUCCUGCGCCAUCCCCGCCGACGUUCCAAAGGGAUGCAUGGCGGUCAUUGUCGGGAGCUGCGAGAAGAAGAGGAGGAGGUUCGUGGUUGGCACGCAUCUCCUCUCGAAUCCGGUGUUUGGGGUCCUGCUACAGCGCGCGGCCGAGGAGUACGGGUACGAGAACUCGGGUGCUCUCGCGAUUCCGUGUGAUCCCGUCCUGUUUGAGCACUUUCUAUGGCUGCUCAACAACAACGAUCCCGCUGCCGCCAUGCUUGAGGUGAACGAGCUCCUGGCUUUCUACGCGUCAUGAGCGAGCAUCUUCAUCCAAGAGAGCACUACUGGGAUUCAUCACGAUCGAUCCAUCCAGAUCCAGAGCAAAGAGUGCCCCAGCUCGGCUCGGCAAGGAAGAAGAGACUGAAAGAGGAGCACGAGCACGGGCUUCAUUUGAAGAGUCUACAGCUUGUUCGAGAGCACAUUUUGGGCUCUAGAUCUGGUGCUGCUCCACCGAAAUUGCGCAUUGCAAUUCGUGACAGCGGCGCGACUGUGAUCGAUCGUAUCAAUUGUUUUCUAGCUCACACACACAUAAGAAUACUACUAGUAUUACAAUACAUUUCCUUGUCAUUUCAGUCAAAGAUUUACUGAGGUCCAUGUUGAAGAGCUAAAAUGACAUUUGAACA